AUGCAUAAUAAUUUGGGAUCCCACCAGACAUGGUUAAAGAGGGAAUCGCCCCAUAUACCGAAGCCGAGUAAGAUCGAGUUGAUACUACGAUCUCGGCCUGAAAUACCACUGGUAACUAUUCCACGGGUGACGGUACCACCAGUAAGUGCUCCAUCACCACACUCAGUAACUAGUUUCAUACCGCAACCGGCAACUAGUUAUGCACCACAACAAAUACAAUCAACAUCUCCUGAAUCCAGACUACCAAUAUCAGCAUCCAGAGAACUUAUUCCCUCCGCAUCUCAUACCAAAAGAUCACUUACUGAAGAACUAACCUCAACCAAACGGACCAGACUAGACAAUUCUGACUCUCCAUUCAACUCUAAUUCAAAAUUAUUAUGGAAAUUAGUUGAUUUACAAGAUAAGAAAAUCCAGUUACUCAACAAACGAUUUGAUAUCAGUGAAUCCACGUCUAUAUCUUAUGAUGAGAAACGACUAUUCUAUUCCAAUACUUUUACACCUCAGAUGGCUGAAAUCGAUGCUCAAAUUAGACAAAUUCGUAGUGAGAUUGAACUGGCAAAUACAGCUCCUGUAGUUCCUUCCACGAAUGCAUUACCAACCCAACUCCCAACAUCUACUCCACUUCCCUUACUUAUUACAAGAGGGCCUGUGGAAGAAGAACAAACGAUAGUAACAAAUACUCAAUUGAGUAUAGAGGACGCAGAAGAUGACUUUGGUGAACACACCAUGGAGGGACUUCGAACCCCAACACAAGAACGAAAUGAUAUCAAUGAUCUUGACAGUUUCAUUGAAGAAGUGGGUGAAUUAUCAGAAGAUGGAUCGUAUGAUGCUGAGGUAUCUGACUUGGAAAGUGAUACUGAAACUCAACUUCGUGUACCAGAUUUGAAAGCCGAAAUUGAUGAUUUGAAUGAUCUGAGUGUAAUUGAAGAUAUACGACCUUCAAAUCAUAUAAUGGAUGAUAUUGAUGAAGUUGAAGAUGAUAAAGAUGUCGAUGUUGAAAUUGAUAUUGAUGAAGGUGAAGAUGAUGAUAUAGAAGAGAUUGAAGAUUUCACUACUCAAUUAAAUGAAGAACGUGAGGUAAACACUCAAGUUAUUGAAGUAAUUACCGAUGAUGAUGAUAUGUUUGAUGAUGAUGAUGAUCUUGUUCUUUCCAAGAUGCCACUUGGUUCAAACAAAGACAUUCUCAAUUCAAUUGAAAAGGCAAUACUUGUUCAUGAAGAGGAUGAUUUUAGUGAAGAUGAUCUUGAAUUAAUGGAUAUCUUGGAUGGUAAAGCUCCUAUUCCUCGAGGGUUUGAGAAUAAAGAGAAUAUUCCUCCUGGUUCUGAACUGUUUAUUAAUGAAGUUUAUCAAGUUUUAAAUGCUGUAUUCAAAUUACAAUCAUUUAGAUCAAAUCAAUUAGAAGCUGUAUGUUCAACAUUACAAGCUAAAGAUGUAUUUGUAUUAAUGCCAACUGGUGGAGGUAAAUCACUCUGUUAUCAAUUGCCAGCCUUGAUUUCUGGAGGUAAAACUCAAGGUACAACGGUAGUAAUAUCACCAUUAAUUUCAUUAAUGCAAGAUCAAGUUCUGCAUUUAUUAGAUUUAAAUGUUAAAGCAGGAAUGAUUAGUUCUAAAGCAUCAGUUGAAGAAAAUAAACAUACCACCCAUUUAUUCCGAGAAGGUUUACUUCAUUUAGUAUACUUAUCACCAGAGAAAGUUAAUGGAUCUACAUUAAUUCAAAAGAUUAUUGGUAAACUUCAUGAUACAAACAAAUUGGCUCGAGUUGUUAUUGAUGAAGCUCAUUGUUUAAGUUCUUGGGGUCACGAUUUCCGUCCUGAUUAUCAAUGUUUGGGAUUCUUUAAAGAUAAAUAUCCUAAAGUACCAUUAAUGGCUUUAACUGCUACGGCCAGUGAAAAGGUUCGAAUGGAUAUUCUUCAUCAUUUAAAAAUGGAUAAUCCUGUAUUCUUAAAACAAAGUUUUAAUCGUACUAAUUUAUAUUAUGAAAUUAAAUGGAAAGCUAAUGAUCAUCUUGAAUGGAUUAAAAACUAUAUAUUUAGUAAAUUUCAUGGUAAAACUGGAAUUAUAUAUUGUCAUUCAAAACAGUCAUGUGAACAGACUAGUGCUAAAUUAAAUCUGUUUGGUGUUAGUUCAGAAUUCUAUCAUGCUGGUAUGGAUCCUCAAGAAAGAUUUGAAGUUCAAGAGAAGUGGCAAAAGAAUCAAAUUCAAGUGAUUUGUGCUACAAUUGCCUUUGGAAUGGGGAUUGAUAAACCAGAUGUAAGAUUUGUUAUUCAUUUAUUCAUUCCUCGAAGUUUAGAAGGUUAUUAUCAAGAAACUGGUAGAGCUGGAAGAGAUGGGAAUUUUUCAGAAUGUAUAAUGUUUUAUUCAUAUCGAGAUGCUAGACUGUUACAAAGUAUGAUUCAAAGAGAUCAAGAAUUAAAGGAUGAUGCUAAAGAAAAUCAUUUGGCUAAAUUACGUCAAGUGGUUCAAUACUGUGAAAAUACAACUGAUUGUAGAAGAAAACAAGUAUUACAUUAUUUUAAUGAAUCAUUUGAUCCAAUCAAUUGUAAACGGAAUUGUGAUAAUUGUCGAAAUUCUAAUCUGGUAACUGUAGUAGAUAAGAAUUGUACAGAAUAUGCUAAAGAUAUUAUUAAUCUUGUUCGAUCAAUUCAAUCUGAUCAAGUCACAGUAUUACAUUGUCAGGAUGUUUAUAAAGGUCAAAAUAAUAGUAAGGUUAAUAAAUUAGGACAUAAUACUAAUCCAUAUCAUGGGAAAGGGAGAGCCCUAGAAAAAACUGAUAUAGAACGGAUCUUCUUUUACUUAUUAAAUGAACAUUGUUUGGUAGAAUAUCAAAUCAUGAAGGCGGGGUUUGCAUCAAACUAUGUAAAACUUGGAAGAGAUGCUAACAAAGUAUUAAAUGGUCAGAAACAAAUAACUAUUAAGUUUAGUAAUGAGAAGAAACAGAGAAAUAAAACUAGUAAUACAAAUCACAAUGCUCCUCCUGAAAAUCCUAAUUUAAGAUAUCAAGAUUCAUUCGUAACUGCUAGACAAAUUGAUCUUGGACCAAAUGUCAAUCAUAUUAACUAUUGUUAUAAUGAAUUAAACAAUGCUAGAAUGAAUGCCAGUACGGACUUAUCCAUUGACGUUAAACAAAUCGUAAGUGAUAUGACUCUAAAAGAUAUGGCGAAUAAAUUACCUACCAAUAAGCGAGAUUUUGCUAAAUUAAUUGGAAUGACUAAGGAAUUCAUUGAAAAUUUUAUUCAUUUCAAGAAGCUAUUAAUAACAUUAAGUCGAGAACGCAAGAAGAUUGAAGGGAACACUAGUGAUAGUUCAAUGGUCAUGAAUACUACUGCUACGAGUACUGCUACUCGAAAAGCGGGUACUACUGAAGUUUCACCCUAUUUCCACUCGGAAAUGGAUAAGGAAAUAGUCAAUUCACUUCGUCAAAGUCUCUCUCAGGGCAGUAGCAACUCGCGAGCUUCCAGUCAAUACAAAAAGAGGUCAACCUCCACCUACAGACGAACACAGCUGCUGUCUCGAACGGGUAAUCGAGGCUCAGCUCCUCGGCCAGUAGUUAAGAAGAAAGUCGUCAGUAUGCCACUAUAG